GUUGUGAGGUUAUAUGUUAAAGGCUUGAUACAUUUGACGUGAAUUGUAAGUCAAAAAUACUUUUUACAAUUUUAAUGGAAAGACCUAAGAAUUUGAGGGAACAAUAAAAAAUGGAAAACUAUGUGUCAAUAAUUAAAGUGAAGAAACCUCUUGAAAAAGUUUCGAGCCCAUCGCUUGGUGCUUCAUUUAAUCUUAACUCUUAUAGAGAUAUAGAUGCUACUAAAUCGGAAAUUAGUCGUUUGAAGCAGUUUUCAGAAUUUUCUGUCGAUGGUAAACUUUCCGAAGAAAAUGGGGAUAGGCGUGAAACUUUAGACUCAAAAAAGUCAAAUGAAUUUGUAGUUAAACAUCGUAAUCAUAUCAUUCGAAAAAUUUAUUUUGAGGACAAACAAUUUGGUAUGUACGCAGCAAAAUUCUCAUCAAAUGGUGAAACAUUUGCAUCGGCUUUUGGAUCAGGUUGUAUUCAGCUAAGAAACGGGAAAACAGGGGAGUUACGAAUGACAAUCAAAUGCAGUUUGGAUACUUCACUACCUAUCACAAGCUGUCGAUUUCAUCCAAAUGAAAAAGAAGUAUUUUUCGCUUCUAGUGCAAGUGGAAAUAUAUAUCUUUGUAGAACCGAUAAUAUAGAAUUUUGGAAAUUCGCUGAAGAAACCGGCAACGAAAUUAAUUGUAUUGAUAUUAAUAUUUCGGGAAAGCAGAUAGUAUCAGGAGGUAAAGAUGCCGGUAUCAGAGUUUAUGAUGUUGACACAGGAAAAAUUAUUAUGAAUUAUCAAAAAGAAAAAGAAGUCAUGAUCCCUGAAAAUGCAGUGAAUUUGCAUCAAAUGAGAGUUUAUGCUGUAAAAUUCAAUCCAGCAGAUGAUAACGUUUUUAUGAGUGGAGGAUGGGAUAACACUGUGAAAAUAUGGGAUUCACGCAUAGGUGAAAAAUGUGUUCGAAUGAUUCAUGGACCCCACAUCUGUGGAGAUUCUAUCGAUAUACGCGAAGACCGACUGUUGACUGGCUCUCACGUGGUUAAAGAUAGUUUGCAAAUCUGGGACCUGCAGAGCUGCAAGCUUAUCGAGACGAUCAAUCCCAUUAAUCGUUCGGUAUCUGAGAAAGGCGAACAUAUCUAUGCAGCUCAAUUUUUUCAUGGUGAUCCGUAUGGUACUCACGUGAUAGUCGGCAGCUCUUCCAUCGGAAACGUGGAGAUUAUAAAUCUUAAAACGAAAGAGAUUGUCGCUGCAUUCGCAACGCCAAAAGCUACUUUAGCUAUUGAUAGUUAUCAGUCACGAAUUGUUUAUGGUGGCAUGGAUACAGCUAUUACAUUGACGGAAUUUCAUUAA